AUGGUUACACGCGGCACGGAUUACGCGUACUCUGCCUUGGCAGCACUCUCUGCUAUGUCGGCGACGGCUUCAUGGGCGGGCCCGGCGUGCACUGGUACAGCUUCGAUCUCCACCGGCUGGAAGGGAAUCUGGUCGUCCUGCUCAAAGCCCGCCUGGUCGGCCUUCUGCGACGCAGCGACCUCUACCGUCGUCUCGCCGCUUCCGCUUCCGGCCUUGUCGGGCUGCACCGCCUGGGAAUCUUCUGAGCUGAUAAAAAGAGGAUACGUUAUAGUGCCGAGCUCCGCCGGGGCCGUCAUCCCCCUCAGAGGCUACAACGGAGAGACCAUGUACUACGCCAUUAAGAUGUCCUACUUUCAGGGUGGCCGCGCUGGCGUCGGUCAAGCUGUCGCUAGCGCUGCUCAGGCGGGCCGUACUGCCGCUGCUGCCGUGCAGGCGGGCAGCGCGGGAUUCCGUGUUAGCAACGCAGCACGCGCCGGUUUCCAUGGCGGAGCGUCAGGUACCACUGGCGCCCGCUUCAGGACGAUAUCGGUUGGUCAGGUUCCAACUACUAGGCUUCAGCAGGUGAGGCAGAUCAUCGGUGGCCCACAGAGAAGAGUCGUUCCGGCCGUCGCCCAGACCGGCGUAUUCCGGACCGGAUUCGGGGACGAAUUCGACACCAACACGUUCGGAACGCUUCGCGCGGGCAACUACGGAGUUCCGACCUUCGCCGGACCGUACGUGGACAUCGGUCAGUUUGACUUCGCCGCCCGCAAGGAGGCGGCCUUUGCCUCCGCUCCAGGAGACUCCCGCGUGAAGGAGGGAGCUCUCCAGCAAGCUCCUGUCGGCAGACGAUACAAGUCCGGAUUCGCCCGCCAGGUGGAGAGCUCGGCAGCCUCCGGCGGAGCUCGUGUAGGCAGAUCAUUCGUGGCCUACAGAGAAGAGUCGUUCGGCCGUCGCCCAAUGACCAGGGGUAUUCCGCGCGGAUUCGGGGACGAAUUCGGCAUACCCACGUCUAAUCCCUACACACUGCCUAUACGCAGAAGUGCCGCGCGGUGUUCCCUACUCGCCCUUCACUCCACCACAGGCCUGUCGCAGUGCCUGCUGCAAAGAGAAGGACCACCUAAGAAGUCGUACUAG